AUGGUCUCACAAACGCUUGUGGUAACGCCACAACACCCUGGGCGCACCGUACGCGGCUCCGAAAGCGAUAGCUCGAUUGACGAAAUCGCGGAGCAGAAACAGAAGCUAUUUGCGACCGCCCUGGGGAAGCAUGGAAAGGAUCUUGACAAUUCAGCAUCGCCGAAGCGGUGGAAAAGCUUCUGGACCUCCUUCCGCUACCUCACCAACCUGACACCCAAGGAAGUCGAUGAUUUUAUGGCGUCAUACGUCAUCUACAACCUUGAUUGGUCCGACGAACAGCAAAUGACCAAAGUGCUUGGUCCUAACUAUCAGGAGAAGGUCGGCGAUUGUUUGAAGUCAUACUAUGGCGUUUUGAACCAUUUGUGUGCCCUCGGUGAUGUCGAAAAGAUGUACAUUCCUCCAUGGAUGAGUAAAAAGGCUAGCGUUCUGGAAAACCAGAUCCUUUAUGAGCGCUCAAUUGCUCAGAACAUCGGUCUUUCGGCUGGAGACAAGGUGCUGGAUCUUGGUUGUGGUCGCGGGCGCGUCGCUGCCCAUAUGGCGCAAUACUCCGGCGCCCAAGUCACCGGCCUCAAUAUCGACCCCAACCAGGUCGCUCAGGCAAGGACUUUCAAUGAGGAGCGUGGCCUACAUAACACCUUUGUCGUUCAGGAUUUCAACAGCCUCCCGCUUCCCUUUGAGAAUGAGAGCUUCGACGCCUUUUACCAGAUCCAGGCUCUGAGUCUAUGCAAAGACCUUCCCGCGCUGUUCAGCGAAGUCUUCCGAGUCGUCAAGCCCGGCGCUAAGAUUUCUCUGCUGGAUUGGAUCAGCCUGCCUGCCUACGAGCCCACGAAUCCCGAACACGCAGAGCUUAUGCGUCGCGUCAAGCCGCUGAUCGGUGCCGUCGGCACCCCCACGCAGCAGAGUCUGGAGAAGGCGCUGACCGACUGCGGCUUCGAGAUUGUGCUUUCCGAGAAUGCCAGCAUUGACGGCCUGCAGGCCCCGCUGAUUGAUACCGUCGACCUUUAUUUCCGCACCUUGCGCCAGGUCAUCCUCGCCCUUGUCAAGCUGCACGUCCUGCCCCGCCACUUCAAGACCUUGAUCAAUCGUCUGUGCCUCGACGGCCAGGCUUUCGUCAAGAUGGAUAAUAUGCGCCUGGCUACAACAAGCUAUAGCAUCAUUGCGCGGAAGCCCAAGGCAUGA